AGAUAACAUAGCUCAUGACAUUGCACUUGCUCUGGACAAGUUGUAAUAUGAAUCGUAAGGAAAGUGCAGACUCCUAGAUUGGGACGUGAGUAAGGUAAUUCCGAUAUUUACACGAGGAGAUCAAGAACGCAGAACGAGAAGGUGCCAACUCUACUCUCUGACGGGAACACAGUGAACCAUCUACCAAUGGCAAGCAUGACGUUCCUCCAAAGACUUUGUUUGGUUCUUGGGUACUGUGUCUUGGCUCAGGCGUUAUCUCCUGUGACGAACUCCUCAGAUAUCACAAUGUUAACAACCAAGAAUCCAAUGAUAACAGCAUCAUUUCCGGGCUCUCAAUUCGAUUACCAAGUUGAGGUUGAAACUAACCUGGACCUUUCCGAGUUACUGUUGGAAAAAACAAAUUCUGAUAUUUCCAAAGGACUGGAGAUAGUGGAUGAUGUCCUAAAUAUUGGUGAUAAGAUAACUCAGGUCUCUCAGAUUGAACUACUGAGCAAACAAACAAAACUGCUGAAGUUUGCUUCUGGUUUAGGAAAUGUUCUAUCGGUACUCAAUGUUUUUGGUGCUGUGGCCAGUUUUAUUUUCUCCUUCUUGUUGCCAAGUGACCUGGAGAUUAUUAAUAAGAGAUUUGAUGAGGUUAACCGAAAGUUGGACAGCAUCUCUAACAAACUUACCCAAAUGGAAACCAGUAUCAAAACAUCCAUAGCAUUCCAUACCUUCCUUACAACCUACAUCCAGUGGGAAUACGCCAUCAGGAAUGGAGCAGAGAAACUGCAAGCUAUCAGAGAGGAAAUGGGAAAAACACGAGAUGAAAGGAAGCAGAUGAUCCUGGCUUUAGAUUACGUGACCUACUACAAUGACAAUCAAUUGGAGGCAAGCACGCUCAACAUGUAUCGUAUAACAGUUACAGCAAACAGCGCAACUAACAGGAACCUGUUUGAUCUCUUCAUUGAGGAACACUCUUGUGAUAUUAAUGAAUUAUCAGGUUUAAUGAUCAUUCUGAAAGGUCUGAUGUUGAGUGCUGCUCAGCAAACACUGACUUAUCACUAUUUCAAGGGUAACGAUGCUUUAGCCAAAAGCUCACAUGAACGCGUGAUAAACUACCUCUUUGAAAUGCGCCAAGAAUUUGAAAAACGUGUCUAUUAUUGCAAGGAGCACUCAAUUGAAAAUGCAAGGAAGGAAGUUGAGAAGAUACUGACGGCCAUUAACACACCAUUACCUGAUAUAGUGGUGCCAGUCAUAUCCCAAAGACUGACUCGCCUGUAUCCCUGGUACGCCUGGGCAGUUGCUGAAUUUAAGGAAAUUGGCGAUAAAACAUGUGAUUCACAUCUGGAAAGAAAAGGUUCAAACUAUUUCUUGGUUCAGAACUAUGGCGAGCACCAAAAGAACAUCAUUGUUGCUUGGCAGGAUGUCAAUGAACACUUGAGCUGCACUGAUGUUUCACAUGUUAGAACCCUAGUCCCCUAUCAGCGCUGCGCUAAGUGUUCCGAUGAACAUGUCAAAGCUUCAGAGGAUAUACUGACCCAAAAACGCUGUCCGGACAAAAUGAAAUGCCAGCUGCCUCAUUAUAUCAAACUCCCGGUCUGGGACUGGCUUGGAGUCCAUGUUGAGGCACAGAGAGAUCUGUGUAGUCAGCCAAUGGCCUGCAAUGGGCACGGGGGCUGUAACCUGAUCCCACACACCAACCAGUUCAUGUGUAUCUGUCAUCCGAUGUACGAAGGUGAGACAUGUGAGAAAGAAAUCACUUUAAACAAUGAGAUUUUAAGCCAUUUGUCCACUCUGCGUUCAGAGUUCAUGGCUGCUAAUGGGAUACCUAAUGUCGUAGACAUUUAUUUUGAAUUACAGAAUGUCGCUAAAGGAUUGCAAGCUACUAUGGGCAAUAUUGUAGAUGCCAUCACACACACACAGUCCUUGGUUAAACAUUCAGAAAUUCUGUAUGAAACCAGCUAUAUUGCUGAGCUUUACACUGAUUUACAGCAAGGAAACAAGAGUUUCAACACAUUUGGAGAAUUAAUGGAAGAAUUUCUAGCGAUUAAUUCCGAAUACUAUAUUCUCUACAGAUUGAAAGGCAUUUUGCUUGGUGAAGGGAUCGGGGACUUAGAAGAAGGAGAUGAUUUUUUUAACACAUUCAAGAAAAACUAUGUGUCUAACCACAACAAUCCCUGUUCUAAAAUGUAUGCCACUGAUGUAGGCAAUUUGAAAAAAAAACUGGUUUUUCUUGAUGAGGCAAUUGGUGAAGCUUUGUUAAUGUACAAACAGUGGAGCAUUGACAAGGGUGACAAAUCUGUAAUUGUCAGUCUUGAUGCAUUUUCUGAGGAUUUCAGGACCAGGCAAAGUAAAUAUCAUGCCUAUUGGAAUAGGACGAGUUGUCCGAGUUUAUCGGUUCCAGAUUUAGUCCCAAGUUACUGUGAUAAACAGCUCAGUUAUGAAAAUAUGAAGGUCAGCCUCAAGUGUUUAGAUCACAAAUCCCCAUCUCAUAAGACAAUAGAGUGCGUCAGGAGAAAUGGUCAGCUGGUGUGGAGUGUGACACCGACCUGCAAUUACCAAUGGGCUGACUGGGGAAGUUGGAGUGCCUGUUCUGUUACCUGUGAUGGGGGGAGGAGGAGUCGUACACGUGAAUGUAUUGGGCACAAGGCAAGUCUUUGUGGCUCAGAAUCAAGACAGGAAGAGACCUGCAAUACUGUACAAUGCUGUUUGCCAAAGCAUGGAAAGUACCAGUGUGGAAACGGGAGAUGUAUCUCUGCAUCUUCACUGUGUGAUGGGAAAGAUGACUGUGGUAAUGGAGAGGAUGAGUCCAAAUUAAAGUGUCCUCAUUAUAUCCGGAACGGCGACACCAUAGCUCUCAAAUCCUCUUGUACAGUUGACAACUGGCUGAGCAGUGAGAGGGAUCAUUGCAGGGUUAGACCUUGCCCAGGGACUGAAAUGGAAGAUUAUGAUUGGAAUAAUUGCCGUAAUGAGGUGUUUGUCAUAAAAGCAGGAAGAAGAAGUGGUGAUUCUCCUAUUUAUUAUGGUGAUGAAAUUGCUAUGUACUCUAAUAAAGUGAGUCUCUGGGUAGCUUGCAGCCCUAGAGGAGGCUGGUGCGACUCUCGCCCUUGCCCAGGAAAUGUUGAUGGAAGGAAUUUGCAAAACUGUGGUUUUGAACAGUUUCAUAUCUUUUCCUCUGCAAGAAGGGGUGUGUGUUCCUUAGACACUUACUCUGGAUGCAUAGGGAAACCUAUUCAGCACGGAGACACUGUAUUCAUUCGGGCCAAUUCUGAUCGAAAAUAUUGGCUCAGUGACGAUGGGAAAUGGGUAAGAACAAGGCCGUGUCCUGGGCGAUAUCUUCCUGAAAAUUGUCGUUGUGAGAAGUGGAGGAUCUCCAAAAGAAUGUAGGAUAAGAGAGUUGCGUUUCAACGCUUGGUGGUGGUGUUUUACUGUAGAAUUUAAUCCAAUUAAUCAAUACAAAUCAUUGUCAGGCUGCACGUGAUUAUAUAUUCAAACAUCUUAGAAACUCACUUUAUGGUUCACUGGUCCCGGGAUAGUGAUGCAAAGUAGCCCUGAGAGGGAGAAAAGCCAAGAAAAUCCCACAACAAUAUAUCAGGAUGCUACCAGCCAUCAUCCUCAUGGGUAUGUGUUUGUGUGAACGGCAUCAGGCUCAGAAUAGGGCACUAACUUUAUUGAAUACUACAUAGAGUUAAACAGAUACAAAAUCUGGAUCUAAUCCCAAUCAGUGUAGAGAACAUUGUCUAUAGGUUUAUAAUUGCGUAACCUAAUCAACAACAACUUGCUUUGUAAUAAUUUUUACUGAACAAGGCACAAAAAAACUCUAUUUCAGCUUUUUAAUGAUUAAAUUUAAUUGCGACGUUAAACAUAUCCACAGCGAAAACUGGUGUUCGAUAUUGACUGUAAUGAUUGACUGACUUACUGAUGAUGAUGAUGAAAUAUUGAUUCAUUUACAGAUUUGUGUCUCUUCACUAUGUAAAUAGUGAGUGUGAUUUUGUGGGGGGUGGGCUUGGGUAAUGGGGCAACAGAUAGCUAAAGGGCACUCAGUGAUGUUGAUACUGACAAGUUCAUCCAUGAAUUUAUUGCUGUCUCCCUUUUUUGGCUGUUCUGUGUACCAAGCAAAUGUAAAAAUUAUAAUGAAAGAUUAAAAAGUAAUGAAACUUUACCUUGA